CUGGUCUUCACUUCUUGUCCUAUAGCAACUUUAUACCUGAGUUAUAUGUUAGUGUGUUUUAGUACAAGAUUUAUGGGAUUCUAUAUUUUGUUCUGGCUUGACAAAUGACUAGCUUAUUUCAUCAUUGAUUCAAACAACUUUUCCUUCAAUUCAUUAUCGAGCAUUUUCAAAACAGUUAAUGUAUCGUAAUAAAACUGAGAACGGUGGUUGAUUUAAAUAACUAUUUGUGGAUUAAAAAUUUACUGAGACUCAAAAGUGACAUGUUAAUGAAGUUUUCAUGUCUGUCAAAAUAAAUAGGAUUAUUCAUUUCUGCUAGUAAAUUGUGGUAAACAAUGCAAUUCACUCAACGGCUGAUUGAAGAUAUGAUGAUUUAAAAACUAUUGGUUUAUCCAAUCUUACCAUAUUUUGAUAUGUAGGAUUUGUUCUGAAACUUGACAACUUAUCAGUAGCUUCAAGACAACUCAGUAGUUUCGACUGACUAACCUUUUUCUUUUGUUAAAUGAAGCUAAAAUAACUGGGGAUUUUCAAAUAAUUUGUGCCCAAAACUCCAUAAGAUACCAUAUGAAAUAAUUAUGCCUCAGGAUUUUGAAGAUAAACCAUCAGUGGGAGAAUGUCGUGUGAUUUUACCAGACAAAUCAAUUUCUCUGAAUUGUAAAAAUCAGAGUGCAAUAAAUAACACAUGUGAUAUGCUACCUGAAGAUAAUGACAAAUUAAGUCAACAGUUGCGAAAUGAAGAAAUUGAGAUUUUUAGCCCUGAAACACAUCCUGAAUAUUUUGUACCAGUUGCUCCCGAUGGUGGUUGGUCAUGGAUUGUCUUACUGGCCACAUUCCUUAAUUUCUUUCUGAUUGAUGGGAUCUUCUUUUCUGUUGGUCUUUUAAUGGUUGAAUGGGCUGAUCAUUUCGAAGCUUCAAAAACCAAGGUCUCAUUAGUUAGUUCAUUGAUGUUGGGGUGUUAUCAAAUGAUUGGUCCUUUUGCUGCAGCACUAACAAACAAAUUUGGUUGUCGAACAGUCGCUCUUUUUGGAUGCGCUCUGGCAUCUGUAUCGAUUUUCAUUAGCUCUUUAAUGCCUACCGUAGAUGCUUUAAUCAUUACUUUUGGAAUAUUAGUUGGUUAGUCUUAUUACUGAAAAGUCUAUUAUUGCUUGAUUAUUUUUGGUGAGAAAGAUCUUGUAAUCAUGAAUAAUAAUUUAACUUAUUCAAUAAAUACAGGUUGAUCUAUCCAGCUUUGAUGGUGCUAAACAACUGUUCACUUGAUGAGGUCUAAUGAUACCGGUUUGUCACCUAAACCAGAGGUGAGAUGCCUGGAUUUGUUUUCGCCGCUGAAUGACAGCCUCAUCAAGAUUGUUUGCGAUUUCAUAAUACUGUACAUUUGUUGUAUAAAUGUUUCAGUCUGUGCACAAAGUGUAAGAAAAUUUAUGAAUUUUGUUUUUGAAUAACACAAGUAAGACGAAUUACUCAUUAUAGUAAGAAAUAAUUUCGAUCAUUUGUGAAAAUACUUUUAGUGCAUGUAUACUUUAUGCUAUGAAUGAACGAAUUUGAAGUCAAUAGAAACUAUUAAUCAUAUCGCGUCGAUGAACUUACUGAACUCUCUAAAUAUAUGCUAAUGCUGAACAAGCCAGAAGCGGGUUUAAAGAAUAACAGUUAUCUUCAGACCAAGAGAUAACAUCAAUUUUAGGUGUUAUUGAAUGCUGAACUAAACAAGUUUGAAUGGUUUUUGACUUUAUGGUUGCUAUUACCGAGAUAAUCAUAAUUUUUAGUUGAAGACCUUAUAUAACUUGGCUGGAAAUCGGUCUGAUUGCUUCAAGUUUAUUUGUUUUGAUUCCUUAAACCAUAAGUUCAGAUGUUAUGCUUUACUUUUCAAUCUUUGAUUAUGUUUGCUAUCCUAGAACUAUUUUCUAUGUUUUGUUUUCACUAAGGUAUAUAUUUAUUUUCUCUACUUUUCAUCUCGUUGGUUUUCCUUCUCAAUAUUGAUAAUGGUUUGCCAAAUUGGGGUUGAUCCACUUUUUUGAUAAAUGUCACAUUGUAUACAGCUGACCGAUUGUGAGAUCAUCUGAUAACUUUAUACAUAAACUUUGUAUCCUACACAUUGGUGUGAAUAUUAUAAAACGUAACUGUUUCUGCUAGUGGCUGGUGAACAUCGAAAAACGUUAAGAACAUAUUCCCGAAGAUCGAUUAUUUGUAGUCUGUAGAUUUAUCUGACAGGCUUGUAGCGUCCAUUCUGGUUUACCUAAGAAUCUGCAAUUAAUUGAAAAUUUUACGUAAAAUAUCAACUUAGAAUGAUGAUUGAACAAUACAACUAGACUGUAUUUUGUUAUGUCCAGACAAGAAUAAUGAAUGGUAACUUCUAGGAUCCAUUUACGGACCAAUACUAAACGUAUAUUCCUAUUGUAUAAUUAUUAAGUAACUAAACUAUGCAUAUUCAUAUUCCUGUUAUUAUAAGCUUUAUUUUGACCCGUAAACUAUUAUUAUACGUUUUACCAUUCUUGAGUUAUACCCAGUAUAUUAAUUACUACCUCCCUCAUUCACAGCCACGUCUGGCUAAUUAUUAUACAAAUGUUGUUUCAUACUUUAUUCGUACGUUGUGGUCUGUUUGAUUGGUAUAUAAACUCAGUAUGUUUGAAAUAUAAUGAUUCAUAUCGCAGAGGCUAGGAUUGGCUUUCUGGACUUAACUGGCUGGGCUAGACAGGAAGCGAGACCAAUCAGAACUCUAGGCUGCUCAUGCGGGUUUACGCGUCAUUGUUCCGAUCGAUAAUUCACUGCUCCCUAAUUGGCGGUCACAAGAUAUAACAUAUUCCACAUUACCUGAGAAUUAUAAGGCCAUUACUUAGUAAAAUGUGUGUACCAAAGUAGACUAGUUUUUGAACUGUAUAAUAUUAGAACAAAUUUAUAUAUUCCUCUACUAAGAGAUUUAUCCUAGCUAUGCUAUCAUAGCGACUAAAAUUGAAAAAAACCCGGUUAUAAUAUGACAGAGUGUAUUGAGAUAUUUACGAACAGAUUUCACUGAAUGAUAAAUACGAUUAUUCUCCCCGGUAUCUUAUGUUCAUGAAUGAAUAUCUUCACUUAGUAUUGUCCUUGUUAAAUGAUUUAAACUAGAUACACUACACAGAAUUUUAAAUUAUUUUGUCUAUUUAUCUACGUACUUAACCUAGAGCAAAUAGAAACUUUUCUAAUGUUGGAUACCAGUAGGUUUAAUUGUUCGUUUCAGUCAUCUUAUAUUUAUUUUCUUUGGUAAAUGUCGGAAGACUUAUAAAAUGUAUAAUUAGAAGAAACCAAACACGUAUCGGUUUGAUCAACUAACUCAUUACUUUUUAAAAAAAUUCUUUUCCUAUAGUGAAAGAUCACUUUCUUAAAAUGAUGUUCUAAUUUUUUUCUUCAAUAAAGGCUCUUCAUUUGGAUUAAUUUAUUUACCAGCACUAAUUGCGGUUAGUUUCUAUUUCAACAGAAAACGUGAAUUGGCUAGUGGUAUAGCUGUGGCUGGAACACCUUUUGGGGCUGUGAUAUUUGGACCUCUAGCAGGUUACUUAAUUCAGUUAUAUGGAUGGUCAUGUACAUUAGUAUUCUUCUCUGCAUUUAUACUUCAUGGUAUUAUUUUAUCAUGUCUUUAUCGUCCAUUGAAACCGAUGCAUAAAUUCGAAAUGUUAGAUUUAUCUAAAGAGACUAAUGAAUCUAUUGUUAAUUUAGUUGAUGUAAUUCAAAGUAAUUUAAUGAUAGCAUCGAAUACAUUUAUUAAAUCAAAUCAAUUUAUCAAUUCAUCAAAUCGUAUUGGUCAAACUUUAUAUAAAUUAGAUGAAGGAAAUGAAGAAAAUGAACAAUUACUACAGCAACAACAACGAAAAAACAGUUUGAAUAUUGAAGUUGGUGAAAAUUUAAAAAAGAAACACUCUAUGCAUGAGAAGAAAUUACAUAAAUUGAAUCUAUGUGAAGAGGAUGUACAGAAGUGUAGAGAUGAAAAGAAAGAAGCGAUGAGCGAAAAUCCUAAAUUAUCAGAAUUGACAACUGUUCAUGGUCAAACAGUAUCAAAACAAGUCGAUAAAAGUUUGGUUGACCCAAGUAGGUUAAUUAACCCGUCAUCAUCAUCAGCUGAUCAACCUUCUUCCCUGGUACCCAAUACUAUUAAAUUACCCUCAGUUUCUAAUGAUCGUAUUAUUUCCAUACGGGAAAAUCAAUUAUCACCAGAAUCUGUCGAUGAGAAACGGAUGAAUACAUCGGAUCACAAGCAAAAUCUCACAACUGAUCAAUCAGUAAUACGCAGUGGUAGAUCACAAGGAACUGAUUCAACUUCGUAUGUUUUUUCUACACCAUGUUUAAGCGUUAAUAAUCCAACUUAUGAUGGACAGACUAGUAAUAAAGCCAAUAAGUUUCUCCUUGAUGUUUAUAAUAGAAGAAUUAUAAAUCCUUUAAGAAAUAAAAAAUUACUACAUCCUGCUACUGCUACUACUGUAUCAAGACGACGUCAUCUUUCGCAUAAUUUAACUCCAAGUAUUCCCACUAUUGUAGAAGAUCAAGAAUUAACUAAAUCUAGUGGUAAUAAUCAACUUCAUGUUAAUUUAGCUGGUCAAGAUUUUAGUUCUGCCAUAACUGUUGCAAAUUUGGGACGGGAUAAACGUCGAAUAUCUGUGGAUCCAAAUUUAAUCAAUUCAGGUCUUAUUCAUAGUUCUAUUGCAAGUGUAUUAACUACUUAUCAUCCACAAAAAUUAGAAUUUCGCAAAAUGGAUUCUAAACCUGUUCUAGUUGCACUACCUCAUGAAUCUAUCACUAUUGAAGAUUAUUCAAGACCUCUUUAUCGAAGUGAUAUAUUUUUCGGAGGUAAUCCAAUGCCACAAAUACCAAAGGAAUAUUAUUCAACAAUUACUAAAAUGAAAUCAACUGGAGAUGUAGAUAGAAAAAUGCAAAACAAAUUAAAUGAUAUAUAUCGUAUGACUAAUUCAUGUUUAACAGUUCCAUUAAAUGAUACUAUCGAUCAUAGUCAUGUUGAUGGUUCUUAUGGUACACUUAGUGACGGUGAUGAACAUGAGUCAGGAUUUUGUAAGUCACAAUCUAAUUGGAUAGAAUCAAUGAUUGUCUCAUUAACUAGUAUACCAUUACCAAAUGAUGACAAUAGAGGUCUUCUAUUACCAUCAGCUAAACAGAGUUUAAAUGAAAAACUACAUAAGAGUUUUCCUGAUUAUGAUAGUAGAAUUCAUGAUGAAACCGGUGGUAGUGGUGGUGGUGGUGGUAAUAUUCGUCAUGGAGCCUAUGCUGAUGAUGUUGAUCAUGGUGAAGAUGAUAAUGCUGAUCAUGUUAGUGUGGUGGAUGAUAUUUGUUUAUGUGGUUUUUGUCUAACUGGUAUUCGACGCCUCCGUGAUUGUCGUUUAUGCUCUUCAUUAUUUUAUUCACAAAAAUUACCGGAUUGUUGCCCGUGUUUUCUUGUUAAACAAAAACAAAUCUAUAAACGUGUAAAUAAAGCAUUUCCUAAUCAACAUGAAGCUGAUAUUAUGGAUGAGUUAAACAUAAAUGAUUUUAAUGAUUUAACCGAAGUUACAAGAUACACUCGUUUUAUUCAAUGCUGUAAUUGUGUUUCUUUAAAACCUAUACUGGAUGUAUUAGGUACUAUGUUAGACUUAUCAUUAUUAUUCAAACCAAAAUAUUUAAUAUUGUGGAUUUCUAAUUUAAUUGGUUUAUUGGGUAUGUAUGUUCCAUUGAUUUAUGUUAGUGAUUUUGCUUCAGUUUAUGGCAUAUCUACUAAACUGUCAUCUUAUUUUUUAUCAAUUAUGGGUGUUUCAAGUAUUAUUGGACGAUUACUUGUUGCGUGGUUAAGCAGUUUAUCAUUUGUUUCUCCAUUAAUUAUGCAAUCUAUUACACAAUUUUUACUUGGACUACUUGUAUGUUUAAUGCCUGUUUUUACAACGUUUAUCAGCAUGGCUACUUCAUUUGGAUUCUACGGUUUUUUGACUGGUGUUUUUUCCACUCUUAGCACAAUUAUAUUAUAUGAUUUAGUUGGAAUGGAUGAACUUACUACAGCUGUUGGUUUAAUAACAUUAAGUCGUGGUAUAUCCAGUGCAUUGGGUGCUCCAUUAGCUGAUCAUUAAACAAACACUUGAUUUCAUUUAUUGUGUAUUUAACAAUAAAACAAAGACACAAUAUAAUUGUUUUU